UUUAAAACCUUAUUAAUCAAAAAGCCCCGUCCCUCCCUCUCCAUUGUUCAAAUUGGAGCAAUUGCUGGGCAAAUGUCCACAGCUUAUUCAGUACCUAGCUUGGUAACAUCUUCUCUAUACAAAACCAAUGGAAUUGUUUUCCAUGAGAUUGUAGUACAGAUACUACAAUUAUUUUCAUCAAGUCUAUUUUCUGAAAUGCUCAAGACAAAACCUUCAUCAAGUCUAUUUUCCCGCUACCUUGCUUUUGCAGAACCAAAUGUUCUCCACCAUUCUCUAACAGAAAAACUCUUAUAUCUAUUGAAGCAAUGCCUAUCUAUGAAGUCACUACUACAAAUCCACACCCAAAUGAUCAUAAAUUCAAUACCCAAACCCAACUUCCUACUCUCCAAAAUUAUUGAAUUCAAAGACUUCAACUAUGCCUCUCUUCUCUUUGCUCAAAUACCCUAUCCCAAUGAUUACGCCUUCAAUAUCAUGAUCCGAGGCUUAACUACCAUAUGGAAAAACCACUCUCUUAGUAUUCAAUUAUAUUAUCAGAUGAAGCUUUUAGGCCUUAAACCGAACAAUUUCACUUAUCCUUUUGUGUUCAUAUCAUGUGCGAAUCUUUUAGCACUGAAACAUGGCCAGAUAGCCCAUUCUAUGGUGUUUAAGGUUGGUUUGGAUAAUGAUGGUCACGUGAAUCAUUCUUUGAUAACAAUGUAUUCAAAGUGUAGUGAAUUGGGGUAUGCAUGGAAGGUGUUUGAUGAAAUUUGUGACAAAGAUUUGGUGUCUUGGAAUUCGAUGAUUUCAGGGUACUCGAGGAUGGGUUUUGCACAAGAGGCAGUGAGGUUGUUUAUGGAAAUGAGAAAGCAAGGACUCGAGCCUGAUGAGAUGACGUUGGUGAGUGUUCUUGGGGCAUGUGGAGACGUGGGGAAUUUGGGUUUGGGGAAGUGGGUGGAGGAGCUUGUUGCUGCGAAGAAGAUAGCGUUGAACUCAUAUGUGGGGUCUGCUUUGAUUGACAUGUAUGGGAAGUGCGGAGAUUUGAUCUCGGCGAGGAGAGUCUUUGAUGCCAUGGAAAAGAAAGAUGUUAUCACUUGGAACGCCAUGAUCACAGGAUAUUCACAGAAUGGAGCAUCAGAUGGAGCAAUUACACUUUUCAAUUACAUGAGAGAGUUAGGUAUUAAACCAGAUAAAGUCACACUGAUUGUUGUGCUCUCUGCAUGUGCUUCAAUUGGAGCCCUUGAUUUGGGAAAAUGGAUCGAGACAUAUGCAUCACAGAGAGGUUUACAAUAUGAUGUCUAUGUUGCCAGUGCAUUAAUUGAUUUCUAUGCAAAGUGUGGAAGCUUGGACAAUGCACUAAGAGUUUUUGAAGAUAUGCCCCAUAGAAAUGAGGUUUCUUGGAAUGCCAUGAUUUCUGCUCUUGCUUUUCAUGGGAAAGCUCAUGAAGCUUUAUCUUUGUUCAGACACAUGAUAAAUGUUGGCACUGCCCAGCCAAAUGACAUCACAUUCGUAGGAGUACUUUCUGCUUGUGUGCAUGCUGGAUUGGUUGAUGAGGGUCGUCAACUGUUUGAUUCAAUGAACUCAUCAUUUGGAUUGGUGCCAAAAAUUGAGCAUUAUUCUUGUAUGGUUGAUCUUUUGGCACGAGCAGGGCAUCUGUACGAAGCUUGGGACUUCAUUGAGAGGAUGCCUAGAAAACCAGAUGAAAUCAUGCUUGGGGCAUUGCUUGGUGCCUGUCAAAAGCGUAGAAAUGUAGAGGUUGGUGAACGGGUUAUUAAACUGCUUUUAGAGAUAGAGCCAUCAAAUUCUGGAAACUACAUUAUCUCAUCAAAGAUAUAUGCAAAUUUGAGAAGGUGGAAUGACUCGGCCAAAAUGAGGGUGUUGAUGAGACGGCAAGGCGUCACUAAGACUCCUGGUUGUAGCUGGAUUGAAAUUGGAGGACAAGUUCAUGAAUUUCAUGCAGGCGAUGAUUUAGAUCACCAUUCAAUAGAAAUAUAUGGAUUGCUGAAUGAGGAAAUGAAGAGGGAAGGCUACAGUCCAAAGGUUGACUGCACAUAGGGAUUGACAAGUCAAGAACUUUACAUCCGCAACCACUAAAACAGUGUGCUUGGGUUUAUUAUCCUUAAGUAGGUCAAUCAGACCUUUUCUUUUAAAAUUUAUUUUCUGUUUCGAUUAAAAGCUCAAAAGAGGAGCGUAACCAUGCGAAUCAUACAAUUAGCAGAUUAGCUACUUUUCUUACCGUUGCAUAUUUGGUGGGGAUUAAGCAGAAAUAUAGUAUACUAGAGGAAUACUUUUUGGGUACUUCUGAGAGCACCAGUUCGUGCUAAGAUAAUCCAGAACUGAACAGUUUCAUUGUAUGGUGCUUGAUUCCACUAGCAGAUUUCUAGGUACAAAUUCUGAAAGAUUAGACUUGAGCAAUUUUGGCCUUUUCACCUUGGUGUCAUCUUUGGUGAAAAACAAGCUGGAGAGGUGCAUCUGGUAUGGACCUAAAUAGAGUUUCCAAACUAAGGAGGCAGAAGAAAAGCAACAAAUACCCUCAUACUUCAUCAGCACCACUAAAUGCGAGUAAUGACAUGGCCCAGAGCACCUCACUUGAAAAGCAUCUAGUGCUUGACCAGCCCACACUUUUCUAACAACUACAUUGCAGAAGUUCUGCAAUGUGUUUGGAAACUCAGAAAAAGGAGAAAAGAGGCUUCUUGAUGAUAAACCGCUGGAAAUUUUGUUAUGUCAGGUAACUAACGUUUUAACUGCUAUCUUGUAACUGACCUUUCCCCUUAUUUACUAUUUUCUAUGAAUCAGAAGUACACUCUCUUAGUUUCUUGAAAAAGUAAAUUUAAGAAAAUGAUAUCUUGUAUUUUCACAAUUACAACGAAAUUUGAGGGCAUUUUUUAUUUUUUCAUAAUUGAGAUUAUUUUGUAGGGUAAGAAAAUAAUAUCUUGUAUUUUCAACACGAUAAAGAAAUUUGAGACAUUUUUUUCCAUAAUUGAGACUAUUGUUUAGGGUUUACAUGUUAUGCACCCCCUUUCCAAAAUUAGCCUAAUUAUUGAAUUCCAUAAUUGUCAAAAUUAAAAAUUUUAAGUGAAAUGUAAAAGAAAAAAGCAUAUAAAGCUUUGGAUUUUGUUAUCAAUGCCUUCAGGAUUUUAGCAUAUUAUAUUUAAACAACAACAGAAAAGUAUAAUAUAUAUAUUUUCACUCACUAAUUGUUGAAUCUGCAUGUUGAUUCUUUGGCCAAAAAAAUUUGCAUGUUGAUUUGCCAAAGAUUGAAAUUAUUUAUUUAAAUGGAUUUUCAGGUAAUAUGCCUGAAAUUUCUAAGCCUUGAAUAUUAAGAGAUUACGAAUUUGAUGUCUAAUAAAACUAAGUGGCAAAUAUUACAUCCUAACUAGUUUGGGAUUAAGGUUUAGUUGUUGUGGGGUCAGAAAUUUGAAGACUUAUGUCCAAACAAGGCAAAGAUUUUCUGAGCUAGUAGUCGAGUACUUGAAAAUUUCAAGAGAGCUCAGGGAGAAGACGAUUUUGUUAAUCUCAGUGCCGAGCUCUUGAUGAAAUGCUUCUAUUUUUCUGGGUUUUCAAAGUUGGGAAUGAAUGGCCACACAACUUGAAGUAAAUUUUACAUUAAGAAGAAGAAGAAAAAUGGGUUCCUUUGGCAGAGUGUGUCAGGGAUCCAUCCUAGUAGAGAAGUUAGUUUCUCCAAUAGUGAUUAAUGGUUAAACCAACUAUAGAGGAAUGGGGAUAUUGAAUGGUGCUCUUUAUCUCCUCAAUUUCUUGAGGAUGUUAUCGAGUUUAAUUUGCUUUUGGAAUUGAAAUCAUAUUUCUUAUUUUUAAAAAAAAAUUAAACAAUUUAUCUUUUGAAAUAUGAAAAUUUAAAAUAUUAAUAAUGAUUAAAUUUAUGUCAUGUGUUAGU